AUGCCUCGCCGAAGGAGGCCACCGCGCCCAGGCGCCCUGACGGAGCUCCCGCCGCUCAAGAUCCUGACGCAGAUCGCGGCGCUGCAGGCGCUCUUCUACGCGGCGGCGCUGGUGCUCAUGCUGUUCAGCGCGCUGGUGUCGGGGCGGGGGUUCAGGCCGGAGCUGGUGCUGGGGUGGGCUGCGGUCAGGGGGGAUACUACGCAGGGCUGGCUGAAUGCCUUUAUGUGGAUAUUGGACGGGGGACUGUUCAUGUCCGUGGCAAUGGUCCUGAUCGUCAUCCGCUCCAAGCUCGUCCUCGACUUUGCCCUCACCACCCACUUCCUCCACCUCGUCGUCGUCUCCCUUUACUCGGGUCAGGUGCCACGACACUUCUUCUGGUGGCUCACCAUGGCCGUGUCCAGCUCGGUGGGCGUGGCGGUCGGGAUCUGGGGAUGUCAGUACCGCGAGUUGAGGCCCGUGUUCUUCGGCGGGAAGAGCGGCGGUGGCGGUGGCAGCACCAGUAAUACUAUGAAUGGGAGUGCGACGGUGGGUGCACCGCCGGGCGAUGAGGAGCAGGGGUUCUCGAGGGGAAGGGGAAGAGGGAGGGGCAGAGACGGCGCGGGGGAGUACGAGAUGGUCAAGAUGAACGGGGAGACGGCUCCGUGA